AUGAGCACCAAACAGGUCACUUGCAGGUAUUUUAUGCAUGGUGUGUGUCGGGAAGGAAACCAAUGCCUGUUCUCACAUGACUUGGCAAACAGCAAGCCAUCCACCAUCUGCAAGUACUACCAGAAGGGCUACUGUGCCUAUGGAACACGAUGCAGAUAUGAUCACACAAGGCCCUCUGCUGCAGCCGGUGGUGCUGUGGGCUCCAUGCCCCACAGUGUGCCCUCCCCGGGCUUCCACAGUCCUCACCCUCCUUCCGACCUCACUGCGCCUAUUGUGAAAACUAACUUACACGAGCCUGGGAAACGUGAGAAAAGAACAUUGGUACUUAGAGACCGAAAUCUCUGUGGCAUGGAUGAAGAAAAGGCUUGCCCAAGUGUGGUGAAUAAUCCAGGAGGCAGUGACGCCCAGAGUAGCCCAGAGAUGAGGCCGAAUUCCUACCUUGAUGCAAUACGGAGCGGCCUUGAUUACUUAGAAGCCAGCAGCUCCUACAGCAGCGAGGAGCAGCUGUGCCCCUAUGCCGCCGCCGGGGAGUGCCGCUUUGGGGACGCCUGUGUCUACCUGCACGGGGAGAUGUGUGAAAUCUGCAGGCUCCAAGUCCUGCAUCCCUUCGACCCAGAGCAGAGGAAAGCUCAUGAGAAGAUCUGCAUGUCAACAUUUGAACACGAGAUGGAAAAGGCCUUCGCCUUCCAGGCAAGCCAGGACAAAGUGUGCAGCAUCUGCAUGGAAGUGAUCCUCGAGAAGGCGUCUGCCUCUGAGAGGAGAUUUGGGAUUCUCUCCAACUGCAAUCACACCUACUGCUUGUCCUGCAUCCGACAGUGGAGGUGUGCCAAGCAGUUUGAGAACACAAUCAUUAAGUCUUGUCCAGAAUGCCGGGUGAUAUCAGAGUUUGUAAUUCCAAGUGUGUAUUGGGUAGAAGAUCAGAAUAAAAAGAACGAGUUGAUUGAAGCUUUCAAACAAGGAAUGGGGAAAAAAGCGUGUAAGUACUUUGAUCAAGGCAAGGGCACCUGCCCAUUUGGAAACAAAUGUCUUUACCGCCACGCUUACCCCGAUGGGCGGCUGGCGGAGCCUGAGAAACCGCGGAAACAGCUCAGUUCAGAAGGCACCGUGAGGUUCUUCAAUUCAGUGCGCCUCUGGGAUUUCAUCGAGAACCGAGAAAGCCAGCAUGUCCCCAGCACUGAAGAUGUUGACAUGACAGAGCUUGGGGACCUCUUCAUGCACCUGUCCGGAGUGGAGUCGUCAGAACCCUGA